AUGGCCAAGAGAACCAAGAAAGCAGGUAUCACUGGUAAAUUCGGUACUAGAUAUGGUGCCAACUUGAGAAAGCGUGCUAAGAAGUACGAAAUCUCCAAGAAGCAAAAGCACUUCUGUCAAUUCUGCGGUAAAUAUGGUUUCAAGAGAGUUGCUGUGGGUAUUUGGAAUUGUAAGAAGUGUAACAAGACUCAAGCUGGUGGUGCUUGGACUUUGAACACAACUGCUGCUGCCACUGUCAGAAGUACAAUCAGACGUUUGAGAGAAACCCAAUAA